GAGAAAGUGAGUGGAGCAGAAAGGAAGAGGAGGAGGAGGAACAAGGAGGAAAACAGGAGGAGGUGAAGAAGAGAAGAAAAAAAUGAAGGACUUGGGGGAGUCAGUAGAACUGGGGGUCUCUCAGCGGAAAGGAGUUAAAGUAACUCGAUCCAGAGUUUGGCUGCAGAAUGAAGCUAUACGUGUGGGACUGGCUGAAUCUCUUUGCACUUACAUCAUGAUGGCUUUUGGUCUCGGCUCUGUGGCCCAGGUAGUGACAGGGCAAGGAGCAUUUGGACAGUUCCUCAGCAUUAACCUGGGCUUUGGAUUGGGUGUUGCUAUGGGGGUUCAUGUCGGAGGGAAAGUCUCAGGGGCUCACAUGAAUGCAGCAGUGUCACUAACAAUGUGUGUGUUUGGUCGCCUUGCAUGGAGGAUGCUGCCUUUGUAUAUUUUUGCACAGCUGUUGGGGUCAUUUCUGGCUGCAGGGACAAUUUAUGCUGUUUAUUAUGAAGCUAUACAUGACUACUGUGGAGGGAACCUGACUGUAACUGGUGCCAAAGCAACAGCUGGUAUCUUCGCCACUUAUCCGGCGCCGUACCUCUCAAUACCAGCUGGAUUCAUUGACCAGGUGUUUGGAACGGCUAUGCUGCUGCUGUGUCUGAUGGCUUUGGCGGAUCAGAAGAACAAACCAGCUGCAGCAGGUCAUGAGCCAAUCUCAGUGGGCCUCUUGGUGCUGCUCAUUGGCAUUUCUCUGGGCAGCAACAGCGGCUAUGCUAUCAACCCAACCAGAGACAUCGCACCCAGGGUCUUCACUGCUAUAGCAGGCUGGGGAACUGAUGUGUUCAGGGCUGGUAAUGGUUGGUGGUGGGUGCCUCUAGUUGCACCUUCAAUUGGAGGAGUAUUGGGUGCAGGGAUUUACAAGGUCUUGGUUGAAAUGCACCACCCUCCCCCCACUGAACAGAGUGAGGGGCUGUUGGAGGAGACUGUUGCUCUGGAGAAACAAGAAAACAUCUGUACAAAUGUAUGCGUCUAAGAGCCCUCCCACCCUGCUUAAAAGUAUGCACAGUGUGUCUUUGUGAAGCUUUGUGGCUAUCUACAGGCAGUAGAAACAUUCCAUGAUAAUGAAGCGUUACAAAAUAGACCAAGAACUUGCUGAGAGGAAGUUUUACAAACAAGGGUCAAAUAAGGUUCUGUAGCAGUUUUUAAAUGUGCCAGUUUUAAAUGAGUAAUUUCAUCUGCAUUAUGUUUUGUGAAAAAUGUGCUUGUGAUGUAAAGAAUGUGCAACACAAGGAGGAUACUGAACACAUCGUAUGUAUGCUGAAUUGCUCUUAUGCGAGUUAGUUCAAACUAAAUCAAAAGGCUGAAAACUAUCUCAAGAAACAGAAUAUGAAAAAAGCACAUAAUGACUUUGAUUCAUUGUUUUAAUGUUGAAGUAGCAGUAGCAGAUAUGACCUUUAAAAACAUCAUGAAUAUCCCUCUGCUGUGAACAGUCAACUGGAGUCAGACAGGAGUCUGAAACUACAGUUCAUAUAAGGAAAAUAUGUGGCCCUAUGUAGCACUCUAAAUAAACGUGUGUCUUUUGGAAAAUUAAAUAGGAACAGUAGGAGUCGGCUCCUCUCAGCUUGAAAGGGCAGCCGCACAAUCAAAGAUAAUAAACAUGUUUUUUUUCUUCUCAAAAAUCCAGUGCACAGUAGCCUACAACCAAUAACUGUGAAUUUGGCUUGAUUACCUCUGAAAGAGCAACUGGGUGUUUAAAAAAAAAGGCUGUUGGAUCUGCUAAGCUGUAAAUUUUAACUUUGGGAAUAAAAAGCCCAUGGUGGAUAAAGCUAACAAGUAAUCUCAGCAAUCACACCGUCAGAAUUUCAUCAUACAAAAAUCACACUUCAGUAACUUAAGUACAUCAUUUUUUAAGUUUGUGAAGUUUACAGAAACACAUACCAUCACUACAGUGAUGCAAGGGCCAGUAAAGAGUGCUGAUGCCUGUCUUGAAGUUCUAUAUUGAUUGAUGCUAACUUGAUUAACUUGAUGUUAUAUUGCCCACCUGUGAUAAUUGAAUGUUUUAUUGUUCAGAUUUCCAUGCAUUCUUAAAAUGACCAACGUUUGAUGCUGAAGCUCUGAGUCGUCUGUCAAGUACAUAUGCAGCUUCUCAACAUCCGGACUGGAACAUUUUCUGGAUGAUGUGAUCAAUUUAGCCUUUUUUAAAAUCUAGUUAUAGAAACAUGCAUGAAGUGAUACAAGCACUGACCAAAGAAUCAGUCAGAUAUUAAGUUCAUUCUGUUUUCUUCUAUUGUAUAUUCGUGUAAACAUGAAAGAGAUUUGCAAUUAACACAUUCUUAGAUUAUUCUAAAGUUUUAAAUAUACAUGUUUUUGUUGUAUAGUGAUAUAUUUACAUUCAAGCCUAGUGCUAAUAACUUUGGAUAGAAACUAAAGCAAUGUCAUUAUUGAGUGCAAUUGAGUCCUUAUUGGCUACAGAAGUGGUAGAGUUUGAUAAUACUGCAUUACCUUCACAUUAUUAUUGGUGCUAUUAACAGCACAUGAAAAGAUGUGAUGAGCUGGUUACUUUGAAUUAUUUUCACCACUAGAUGUCACUAGGGUUGAACUGUUGUCAAGGAGGCACUGACAAAUUAAAGUAUUUGUGAUAAAAUCCA